AACAGGAGAAACACAGAUCAUUAAAAUAAAGGACCUUUUUUAUUUUCCUCUUCUUUUCUCUUCCUUUAUCUUUCAACAUUUGGGAACUCUAGGGUUUUGUUAUUUUUAGAGCUUUCUUCUUGUGCCGACAAUGGAUGUUGAUGUGUUUAACGGUUGGGGGAGGCCAAGAUUUGAAGAUGAAUCCCUUAUGCCACCUGGGUUUAGGUUUCAUCCAACUGAUGAAGAGCUGAUCACUUACUAUCUCCUCAAGAAGGUUCUUGACUCUAAUUUCUCUUGUGCCGCCAUUUCUCAAGUUGAUCUCAACAAGUCUGAGCCUUGGGAGCUUCCUGAGAAAGCGAAAAUGGGGGAGAAGGAGUGGUACUUCUUCACACUAAGAGACCGUAAAUACCCAACGGGACUGAGAACGAACAGAGCAACAGAAGCUGGUUACUGGAAAGCCACUGGUAAAGACAGAGAGAUCAAAAGCUCAAAGACAAAAUCACUUCUCGGGAUGAAGAAAACUCUUGUCUUUUACAAAGGCAGAGCUCCUAAAGGAGAGAAGAGUUGUUGGGUCAUGCAUGAGUAUCGCCUUGACGGCAAAUUCUCUUACCAUUACAUUUCCUCCUCCGCUAAGGAUGAAUGGGUUCUCUGUAAAGUUUGUCUGAAAAGCGGCGUAGUUAGUAGAGAGACGAACUUGAUCUCUUCUUCUUCUUCUUCUGCCGUCACCGGAGAGUUCUCCUCUGCCGGUUCUGCAAUUGCUCCGAUCAUCAAUACCUUUGCGACGGAGCACGUGUCCUGUUUCUCCAAUAACUCUGCUGCUCAUACCGAUGCGAGCUUUCAUACAUUCCUUCCCGCUCCACCGCCGUCACUGCCCCCACGUCAGCCACGUCACGUCGGUGAUGGCGUGGCGUUUGGUCAGUUUCUGGAUUUGGGAUCAUCGGGACAGAUUGAUUUCGAUGCAGCAGCAGCAGCGUUCUUUCCGAAUCUACCUUCUCUGCCUCCCACGGUUCUUCCUCCUCCUCCGUCAUUUGCAAUGUACGGUGGAGGCUCCCCCGCCGUGAGUGUGUGGCCGUUUACUCUCUGAUCGCCAUGCGGUCAUUAAACUAUCUUUACUAUCUUUUAAUCUAAGAGAAAAACUACCUUGGGUUGCUUAAUAUUAGUGGCUUUGUAUUAGUCUCGAAUCAUUUCCUCGUAGCAUUUUGCUGUUGUACGUGUUUGUAGUAACGUCUUUGUGCAUGUUUUUAAACAUGAACCUGC